GUGCCAUCUGUCGGCCAUCGCAGCAACCGCGUUUUAUAUUGUGCUCUGAGGACGGGAAAAGCACGCCGCUUUGGCGGUCCAGUUUUAGCUAUUGUGUGAGACUCUUACGUAAUCCGAAGUUAGUUGAAAACAGAGCAGGCUCAGUAGUCACUUUUCAUAACAAUGGACCUACAAAUAGAGGCUAGUGACGCCUCAAGAAAUGAAGUAGAAGUAGGAGGUGGAGUAAGCGAGGAAAAGCUUGGCAAGCAAUUGCAGGUAGUGGAUGUCGGGAAUCAGGAAUGCGGGGAUGUAAAGGAAACCUUGAAGGACGCAAAAGUUAGUGAUUGUGCACGCCAGUCAGAGCAGCCCACAAUGGGUUCAGGGGAGAGCAAGUGUGGAGUGCAGGCCAAUGGCGAGGCCUUUGCGAACGGCGUGCGUGAGGAGGGAGCUGCCAGUGGCGGGGACCCCAGUGUAGCCAUCAACAGCAAAGAUUUCAGUGUCGCGCCAGACACGCAACAACAGGAGGUUAGUCCGAAUAAAAACGACGAAGAAGAAAACAAAUUUAAAGUUACAGAACUGAUUAAUGAAAUAUUACACCAGUCAUCAUAUUUAGAGGAUAGCAAUCUGAAUGGGCUAGAGUUUGCUGAUACUUUGCCAGGAGAGAUGGAUGCUGCAGACCUUAAUAUUGCAGUUAAAAGCUCAUCACAUGUGUUAUAUCUUAACCAUAGAGAGGAAAAUGGUUCAUCACCCGACUCGGAUUCCAAUAUGACCACUGCAAGCGAGGGCUCAUCCACCCCAACAAGUGAAUUAUCUUCAACCUCGAUACACUCAUCUGACCAGCAAAACUUUAUUAAUACACAGGACGCAAGGGUCUUAACCCACCUGAUAUGCUCCAACAAUUUGGCAGAUCCAGAUUGUAGAAUAGAAGACAAGCUUUCAAAUGAAUGCAAUCCAAAAUUGUUGCUUGAGGUGAGCGUUCCUGAUUGCAUAAAUGACUUAGAUGCCUUAUCAGUUAAAGAAACCAUAUUAGAAAGUAAAGAUUCCAGUAUUUUGGUAAUGGAACUUAUUGGAGAGACUGCUGUCCCUCAGACAUCAUCAGAAAAUGUAUCCAUAAAAGGUUGUCCAGAUGCAGAGGCCGUAAAGGUAGAGUGUGUGGACUUUGAUGAAGGAGUAAAUCUAGACAUUAAUAUCUCACAAGAGACAGAUACACUGUCAGAUCAAAAUCACUCAAUUGUAGUAAACAGUUCAGAAAUAGAGGUGUCAAAUACUCAACAAAAGGGGCUAGUGGAGGAAUUGGAACCAGUUGGAGAUGAUGAUGUAGGACAGGAAACAGAUGGAAAGAAUUCAGAUAUUACUGUAAAAUCAGUAAUUCAGACAUUUACUGAAACUACAGACAUGUCAGAAAAUACUGCAGAAGUAUCUGAAAACAAAACUUGUACAAAAGUAGCAGACUCAGAAAAUAUGGAAGGAGAGGCUUUAGGCGACACAGAAUUUGCAGAUGUCAUUUCUACAGAAACUAGAUCCAGAAACAUAAAUGUGGCUGAUGCAGAAGUGGAGACUGAAUCAGAAAGAAAUCAAGAGAUAAAUGAAACGAACCAGCCAGAAGAAAGCGAUUCCAUAAACCUUGAGGUAUUUGGUGACCAGGUGAGCACAAGCACAAGUACUAUUAUAUCUGAUGAGGGAAGGGAUGUUGAAAGUGAAAAGGGAUCCAUGGAGACUGGCAAUCAGAUGACAAAGGAACAUAUUACUACAGACCUAGAAAAUAGUGUGGAGAAAAGUGACAUCACUGAGGCAGUUACUGCUCUAGAAACUCUUUCUUUAACUGUAGAAGAACCUGAAAAAUCUAUUCAGAGAAUUGAGAGUCAGUCAGCAGAGAGUUCAGGCUUUGAGAAUACAAAUGUCAUGAAACAAAAUAUGAUUGAUAAUGAAUGUGAUGGGAAAGUUCUUUGUGAAGUUGAGUCAUCAGAAUUAUCAGGUGAAAUAAAACCUGUCAUAACUUCUAACAAGAAAGGCAAAGAAGAAAAUAUAGCUUCAGAGUAUGAUUGUGCCUGUAGAAGAAAUGAGACUACAGAUGAAGGUGGGAAUGUUAUGGUGGGAGUGUGGGCUGAAUUGCGGUCUUCUCUCCGGCAAUUACACCGCUCUAUGAUACCACAGUCUUCCCAGGUGCUGAUUCAGCGUUCCAGACCUUCCAUCAACAGGAUAAAAGCAUUGGCUAAUAU